CAACACGGAAGUUCUCCUGUGAGCUUCAAGCUGGAACUUGCUCCUUGGAGCAAUUGAAGUCCAGGGGAGGGAGUGGACUUUGCAAAGGAUACGAGAAAGGAAGGAAUUGCAGCCAGAAAUCUCAAAACAAGAUCCGAUAGAGACAAUCAAUUCAUUGGCACGGGAGUCUCAUCAGCCUUUGAAUCUUGCAGGAUUUUUUAAUUCUCUUCUGUCCUGCCUGCUUCGAAAGGUUUCAAAUAUCAGUGAGACUGAGGCACACAGACCUGACUGAGAGUGUCCCAGUGAACUGACUGUGGGAAGAGCUUCAAUCGGUUACGCAGUCUGAAAUAGCAACACCCCAUUCGCAGCAGCAAGAGACAGAACACAUUGUGUGGAAAAUCUGUCAGUAAUACCAGCAUCUCCAUACUGCGCAUGCUACUCGGUGUCAGCAGCCACAACUCGGUGUCAGCAAAACACUGCGCAUGCUCAUGUAACACACGGAAACGCCCCACGACUUUGUUUCGCUGGACCAAUGGGAGGACCGGAUGGAGACUGGUCCUCCUGCCAAUCACAUUAAACCCACAGUCUGGAUGCGGAAGUUGGUCCAUGAGCUUCUGCUCCUGCUCCUCUCUCUCUGAAUGAAGAUUGAGCUUCACCCCAGACUGCAACUUCCGUCCUCUGUCCAACAUCGGAAGACCUGCGGAAAGAAACUUGAAAGCAAUUGAUCCAUCAACUUCUGACAGAGCUCCUUGAUUCAUUGGAACUUGAAUAUCAGCAGCCAUUCAAGUUGAGAGGAAAUGUUUGCUUUGGUCUGCUUGAGAGAUGGUGCAGCAGGAAGAAUACGGAGACACCCGAGUGAGGGAGAUUCGGUGCGCUGUCUGUGAAAAGUGCUUCAAACCAUUUACUCAGCUUGGGGGAAUCAAAAUCUCACCCCUCACGGUGGGGAGAGACCGUGUACCCGUUCUGCUUGUAAUUUCAAACCCAGAGUGACACAAGGAAAGCUCUCCCCAUGGAGAAACCGUGGAAAUGUGGGGACUGUGGGAAAGGGUUCCCUUCCCCUUCGGUGCUGGAAAUUCACAGACGUGUUCACACCGGGGAGAAGCCGUUUGUCUGCCACUGUUGCGGGAAAGGAUUCAUUCAGUUGUCUCAGCUGCAGACACACCAGCGGGUUCACACCGGGGAGAAGCCGUUCACCUGCUCAGUGUGCGGGAAGGGAUUCGCGAAUUCUUCCAACCUGAGGGCACACCAGCGGGUCCACACUGGAGAGAAGCCCUUCACGUGCUUGGUAUGCGGGAAGAGGUUCGCUCAUUCAUCUACACUGCUGAUCCACAAGCGGAUCCACACUGGGGAGAGGCCGUUCACUUGCUCCGAGUGCGGGAAGGCUUUCCGUCGUACGAGCAACUUGCGGAAGCACGAGCGGGUGCACACGGGGGAGAGGCCCUUCAGGUGCCCCGAGUGCGGGCAGGGGUUCAGUCAGAUGAGUGACCUGCGUAAUCACGAGCGGAUCCACACGGGGGAGAGGCCCUUCACCUGCCCCGAGUGCGGGAAGGCAUUCCGUAAUGUCGGCAAUCUGCGGAUGCACCAGCGGGUCCACACGGGGGAGAAGCCGUUCACUUGCCCCCAGUGCGGAAAGGCCUUCCGUCAUGUGGGCGACCUGCGGAAGCACCAGCGGCUCCACACUGGGGAGAGGCCGUACACCUGCACCGAGUGUGGGAAGAGAUUCCAUCAUCUGCGCAACUUGCGGAAUCACGAGCGGGUCCACACGGGGGAGAGGCCGUUCACUUGCCCAGAGUGCGGGAAGGGAUUCCUUGAUUCUUCUGGCCUGCAGACCCACCGUCGGGUCCACACCGGGGAGAGGCCAUUCACCUGCCCAGAGUGCGGGAAGGGAUUCCUUGAUUCUUCCGGGCUGCUGACCCACCAGCGGGUCCACACCGGGGAGAGGCCGUUCACUUGCCCAGAGUGCGGGAAGGGAUUCCUUGAUUCUUCCGGGCUGCUGACCCACCAGCGGGUCCACACCGGGGAGAGGCCAUUCACCUGCCCAGAGUGCGGGAAGGGAUUCCUUGAUUCUUCUGGCCUGCAGACCCACUGGCGGGUCCACACCGGGGAGAGGCCGUUCACCUGCUCUGUGUGCGGGAAGGGCUUCAGUCAUGUGGGCAAUUUACGGCAGCAUGAGCGAGUCCACACAGGGGAGAGGCCGUUCACCUGCCCCGUGUGUGGGAAGGGAUUUAUCAAUUCUUCCAGCCUGCUGACUCACCAGCGGGUCCACACCGGGGAGAGGCCAUUCACCUGCUCCGUGUGCGGAAAAGGCUUCACCCGCUCCUCCCACCUCCAGAGACACCAGCGAAUUCACACCGGGGAGAGGCCGUUCUCCUGCCCCAAGUGUGGGAAGGAAUUUACCAAUUCCUCCGCUCUGAGGAGGCACCAGUGGGUCCACACCGGGGAGAGGCCCUUCAGCUGCCCCGAGUGUGGGAAGGCCUUCAGCAAUUCCUCCGCCCUGCUGAGGCACCAGCGUGUCCACACUGGGGAGAGGCUGUUCUCCUGCCCCGAGUGCGGGAAGGGGUUCAGCGAUUCCUCUGCCCUGCUGACCCACCGGCGGGUCCACACUGGGGAGAGGCCCUUCAGCUGCCCCGAGUGUGGGAAGGCCUUCACGCAGGCCUCCGUCCUGCUGGCCCACCGGCGCGUCCACACUGGGGAGAGGCCCUUCACUUGCGCUGAGUGUAGGAAGGCCUUCAGCAAUUCCUCCCACCUGCUGACCCACCAGCGGGUCCACACCGGCGAGAGGCCCUUCAGCUGCCCUGAAUGCGGGAAGGGCUUCAGCAAUUCCUCUGACUUACUAAAGCACCGGUGGGUCCACAGCGAGGAAAGGCCAUUCAGCUGUCCCGAGUGCGGGAAGGGCUUUACUCAGGCCUCCAACCUGCUGACCCACCAGCGGGUCCACACUGGUGAGCGGCCCUUCAGCUGCCCCGAGUGUGGGAAGGCCUUCACCCAGGCCUCCGCCCUGCUGAGGCACCAGCGGGUCCACACUGGCGAGAAGCCUUUCCCCUGCCUCGAGUGUGGGAAGGGGUUCACGUUGUCCUGCAACUUGCAGAGGCACCAGCGGGGGCACCACUGUUCCCAACAACCAGAUUGCGCCGGUGACGCUGCUGUGGGUCACCCCCAGGACUGAACCUCCUGCCUGCUCUGACAGUGGGAGAGUCGGUGGGCUUUUGUUUUUUUUUUUGUUUUGUUUUCUGCUGGACUGCAAGCACACCCCAAAAUGCCACUGUGGCUCAGCGAUUAGCAGUGCUGCCUCAAGCACCAGGCACAUGGCUUUGAUUCCACCUUGUGACAACUGUCUGUGUGGAGUUUGCGCAUUCUCCCCCAGUGUCUGCAUGGAUUUCCUCCCACAGUCCAAAGAUGUGCAGGUUGGGGUGUAUUGGCCAAGCUAAAUUGUCUCAUAGUGUUCAGGGCUUUGUAGGUGUGGUUCCAGCAAUAAAUUUUCAGCUUUGAUCUCCAGCGUCUGCAGACCUCACUUUCUCCUCGAAGAUUUCAACCUACUGCGAAUCCUC